CUCGCGAUUCAACAAUAGCGACGCGACAUCUGUGUGCUAAAAUAUUCGCGUGUGUAUCUCGCGUACCGACCGAGUUUCCGUGUGUAUUAUUCUGCUGAAAAAAAAUUCGAAUCGCUACACUUACAAGUUCACUCCACUCGAUUUUGAGAGAACUAAAAAAGUUUAUUGUUUCGUGAGAAUUUCAUUGUGAUGACAACAUCUCUAUAAUUCGACAACUGUUGUUUUUCAUUGGGCAAUGAGCUGGUUGACACCGGUUCGCAUGUGAAUUAUUAGAACGAACAAUUUCGUACGUCCCUUUGAUCGAUCUUCAUCACCGGGGUAACAUUAGUCGCACAUUACACUUAUAGUCCCGCCGUAACAUUACAAGAAAACAUGGAUGUGUCAAAGUCAAUACUCACGCAAAAACAGGUUAGAAAUAAUGCUGAAGAUCUGCAAAAGGAAUAUCUCGAUUUGGCGGCAUGGGAAGAGCAGAUGAAAAAGAAAGACUUAGCCAUUCGAAAUAUGACAGAUGACAGGGUUUUACCACCCAUAAGAUGUAGAAAGAAGCCAGUUCCUUCUGAAGAGGAUCAACAAAACAAAGAAACAAAUAGUGACAGUAACCAUGAAAAAUCCAAAAAAGCUAAACGUAUUGCCUCUGGUGACUAUGCGUCAUGGGACAAGUUUGAUGUUGAAAAAGCAUGUGACGAAGUUGAAGAAAAAGAUAAGUCAAAUGUCAUCACCGAAAAAAUGUAUGAAAUACCAACUCCUGAAGAAUUAGAAAGAGAUCACAAUGAAGCUACUAAACUGAAAGAACAAGGAAAUGCUCUUGUACUACAGAAGCAAUAUGCAAAAGCUAUUGGCAAAUACAAUGAAGCGAUUGCCAAAUUUAGUGGCGAUGCUACUUACUAUGCUAAUAGAGCUCUCUGCCAAAUAAAAUUGACAAACUUUUACUCUGCCGUAUCAGAUUGUACUGAAGCAAUAAAACUUGACAGUAGAUAUGUUAAGGCUUAUCAUAGAAGAGCUUUAUCUAGAAUUGAACUUCGUCAUUUUGAAGAUGCAAAAAAAGAUGUUCAAAUGAUUUUGGAGUUGGAUCCAUCAAAUAAAGAUGCUGUUGCAAUGAGAGAUACCAUAGAUAAAAGAAUUAAAAAAGAGUCUAUGGAUGCAGUAAAAGUACUUAAAGAAAGGGAGAAAAAAACAAGUAGUUUAGAAAGAGAAAUAGGAAACAAAUUCGGACAAAAACUAUUUGGCUCAAAAUCAUCUGAAAAGAAAAGUGAAGAGGCAGUAGAAAAAAAGAAAGGUCACAUAGCAUUUGAACAUAAAACGGCACCUAAGGAUAACAGACUAGGUGUAGUCAGUGUGCAACAAAAAGAACCUUCAAAUGAAGAAUUUCCUCCUUGGCUUCCUCCAAUCAGAGAUGAUGUUUCAAUAAUUCAACCUCUGGUAAAACCUCCAGUGCAGAAAAAACAAACCAUGCAAAGAAUUCCUGUUACUGCAUUGACUGAAAAUGAGUCUAUAUUUAAAGAUGUUGAGAAAAAUUCUGUUCCAAGAGUCAACAACAUUGAAGAAGAUCUUGCUGUAAAGAAAACUGAUAAUACAAAAGCUUCUUCUAUAAUUGAAGAAAUUAAAGAUGUGAAUAAAUCCCAGAUUAAAGAAGUGAAAAAUUUUAACAUGGAAAAGACUAAGAUCACUUCUAACGUUGAGAAUAUGGAAAGGACUAAGGUCACUUUAAACGUUGAAAAUAUGGAAAAACCUCCAGAAGUCAAUGUCACACUUGAAAGUACACUUGUUGUACCGAAAACAGCUAUUUCUUUCCUUAUUGCAUGGAGAAAAAAUACAUCGAUCGAUUUUAGAUACGAAUAUUUAAAGUUGAUUAUUCCAAAAAAUCUUCCAGAAAUAUUCAAAGAUUCCAUGGAAUCAAAUAUUUUCAGUGAUAUAAUAAUUGUUUUAAAUACUAAGUUUGUACCAAAUAAUGAUAAAGUCUACGAAUUUUUAUUCUAUUUAUCAAAAAUAAAGAGAUUUAGAGCAUUAGUAUUAUUUAUGACGCAGUCAGAAAAAGAAGCUUUGCAAAAUCUUUUUGAAAUUUGCAAAACAAAAGAAGGAAAAAGUGACGAAGAAGUACAAAAUCUUUACACAGCUUACGAACUAUAAAAUGCCAUAUUGAUUGUUCUUUUGCAUAUUGUUUAAAACGUGUACAGAUGCUAUAGUAUCUUCAUUGACCACGACUUUACGUCAUGAAGCUUUAAUAAAUUAAUUUAGUUACAUUUAGAAAUAAUUGGCUCUCAUUUCUGCAAUUACCAACAUUCCAAUAUAUAUCUUUGUAAGAGUAAUAUCGCUUUCAUUGA